CGUGCGGCAGACAAAAGCGCAUGAAAAAUUCAUAGGGAUCCGUAUCCGUCGGAAGCGAAAGUUUAACGUCAGGACAGCGACAACAACAACAAGGACUAGGGGCUCUGUAGCUUAUAUAGUAUAGCCAGAGCUAGUCUUAAACGUCCGUCGUUAGGUGUAACGAGUCAACAUGCAAAUUGCCUGUGCCGGACCCGGACACCGGACCUACCCUACUCGCAGUCGAACCCAGGACCAGAAUCCGCAUCCACAGUCGUCGCCAUCGUCAGCAUCCUCAUCAUCAUCAACGGAGGCAGUGGAACGCAAACGCACCGUAGAGCCGACAGGGGCGCAAUAAAAAUUGCCUAUAAAUGGGCGGAAGUGCCAGAGGCGUGGGGUGGCAGGGGGUCGACGGGCAGGAUGUGCUACGCACAAGGACGUUAAGAGGGGGGGAGGUUGGCAACGGCAACGGCAACGGCAACGGCAAACAGCGGCACAACAAAGCCAAACUUCCGCAUAGGAUGCGCCCGAACGGAAGUUAUUUUGGCCGCCUGAACGUAAGCCCGCUGCUCAUCUACUUGUGGUGCUAUCUGCUCCUGAUAAUGGCAGCAUCUGGCGGCAGCAACAACGUGGUAAACGGCCUCAAAUGCUACUGCAAUCCGAAGGAGUGCGACGUCAUCCGCUCGCCCGACUGCCCCGGCAAGGGACUCAUGCUCUGGGAUCCCUGCAAAUGUUGUCGCAUAUGCGCCAAAACUUUGGGCGAAUCCUGCGGCGGUCCGGGCGGAUUUUCCGGUCAAUGUGAGCCGCCCCUGCAGUGUGUGACCAAGCUGCCCAUUAGCAGCGGACUGGGCGUGUGCAUGGAUUUGCAGCACCUGACCGCCCUGACCUACAGUCAGCACGAAAAUUGCUCCGACAGCGAAUCGAUUGUUCUGCAGCCGGGCUGCGAGAUCACAAACAAACGUUGUCAGUGCUGGCCCACAAUGCGCACCUGUAUCAGCGAGCUGACCAGCGAUGGGGGUUCCCCCAGCGAUUCCCGUUGGCACUUCGAGAAUCUAGAGGACUGCCAGUUGAACUUGCAAAAUCUAAUUAAAAUCGAACAGGAAUUCGAUGAAGACUACAAAAUCUCACCGAGCAAAUUCACAUAUAAAAAGCUGCGCAGAAAGCGAAAAUCGCUUAGAAAACGCAUCAUCAUCUUGAAGGAUUGAGGCUUCUGUGUGCCAUUGGAAUAUCAUCCUCUUUCUCAGCUCUAAACUCAAUAAAACCAAAUGAAAAAUCUCUGUACAGAUAGUAUGCUUACUUCUAACUUUAAAUAUGGCUAUUAUAAAUAACAUAUAUAUAUAUAUAUAGCAACAUAUACAUAUACAAGAGGAAAAAUACAUAUGAGAAAUAGACAAAUUGUAUGUAUCCUAA